AGCAAUGCGAGUUGAAGCCAUUUCGCGAUGAAACUAACGGUUCACAAGACAUCGAUCGAUACAUCGAAAUAUAAUGACCAUACUCGUCAUUAUGCUUGUACGAAACGAGCCCACACUGAAUCGCUGAAAACCGUAAAUUAUGGUAGCUCGACUUUAAGGUACCAAAACCUAACCAACCUACAACUACUGCUUCUUGCUACUUUCCCAUCGCCCAUUCCCUCCCUCUAUUUAUUUCUCCCUUCCAGCACAGGAAACAAGCAAAGCAAAUAGAAAGCUCAGCUCCUUUCUUUUCUCCAUCACCCAAACCUGAAACCUCCACAGAGACUAAUGUACAUUGCAGAAGAUCGAUGGGGAACCACUCUGCAGUUUGUAACGUCGUCGUGCUACGCUGCAGCAUGAUCCUCCUCCUCCUCCUAAUGGUGCUUGUUUUGUCACAGGAGACUCAGCUGGUUUCUGGUUCUUCUAUGACACAAGGAAGCCUUCAUCCACAAGAGUGCGGAGGGAGAUGCAGUGCUAGAUGCUCGGCGACGUCGUACAAGAAGCCAUGUAUGUUCUACUGCCAAAAAUGUUGUGCCAAGUGUCUCUGUGUCCCUCCUGGAACUUAUGGUAACAAGCAGUCUUGUCCUUGCUACAAUAAUUGGAAGACCAAGCGUGGCGGCCCAAAAUGUCCUUGAAAAGAAAAAAAUAAAAUGUUAAAAUUGUUUCAGAUUUAGAUGGGUUUCUUCUUCUAAUUUGCAUUUGCUAGAAGUUGAAAGAGUAUGGGCUGAAAUGGCCAUUUUCUUAAACGGGUUGCUAUGAGUUGGUCCAUGUAAAGGGCCCAUGUUCCUCGUCAUUGGAAGGACCAAAAAGUUUGGGUUGAUAGAUCACCGCGAUAUUUCUGUUUCUGCAAUUGUGGAUAGCUCGUUUUGUGACAACAGUUCUGUGAUAAGAAUAUCCAUAUUCGAAAAGGGGAAAAAAAUAUAGGGUUCUGAUUUCAUGCCAAAUUUAGUUAUGAAAACAAAAUCUAUACAAAGAUUUCCACUCCAAAUAUGUCAAACCUCAAUAUGGAAAACGAGAUCAAAUCCAAUCCCGGAUUAAAUGAAUCCGCUAAAUACUCUCCUCUAUAUACUCUUGUGACAUCUCUACUUCCUCUUCACAAACACCCUUCUCUCAAAUAUCCCAUCUCCAUUACAUACCAAAAUCAGGUCAAAAGAAUCACAUAGCAAAAUGGCUAGUCUAAGAACUCACCGUGGGAUGGCUUUGGCAGUAGUGGUAACUAUUUUGGCUGUUUUGGGCCAUGGUGGGAGCAAAUUUGUGGCAAUGGCUGAUCUUGAUGAUGAGCCUUGCAAAAGUGAUCUGCCUGGCUUGAAGGCAGCCUGCUUUGAUUUCAUCAAGUUUGGAGGCCCUGCAAUCCCGCCUUCAGAAGAAUGUUGUAAGCUCAUUACAUCCGCGGACUCGAAUUGUACGUGCAACUUCGUGACUCCUGAGGCUGAAAAGAUGGUUGAUAUGAAGAAGGUGGUUUAUGUGGGCAGAAGUUGUGGGCUUCACAUCCCUGCUGGAUUUAAAUGUGGAAGUUAUAUAGCUCCGCCUCCUUUGACGAUGGCAAGAGAUCGGUCGAAUAUCAAGAGGGGCCGCAAAGUCGCAAUGACUUCUCAAUAGUAUAAGAAUAAAUCGUGUAGCAAAACAUUGUUGUCCUUUUGAGGUGUUGCAUUCGACAUCAUGUGUACCCCGACUUCUUGUUUUCCUUCCUAUUUUUCAUUAUGCAAUUGUAGUUAUGGGGUACUACAGAGUUUACCAGCAAACCAGAAAUAAUAAUAAUAAUAAUAAUAAUAAAGAAACAAAUUCACCUAA